CGGGAGUCGUGGAAGGUGCUCUUGCUUGGACGGUUCUCGAAUCUCUUCAAAAGUAAAAAAAAAUGGGAGCCACUAGGGAUGGCAAGCCGUCCCUUUCGGGAUCUGAGAACCUGAUAAUCGAGGUGGACGAGGACAAGAUCCGUUGCAAGCAGUAUUCCUGGUACUUUGCACCCACCUACCUACUGUUCUGGGUGGGGCUCUUCUUCGCCGUCAUCUACCCACUUUUCCAGGCCUUGCCCACCGGAAUCAAGAUCUCCGAGGAGGCGGAUAAGCCGGGACAAUUCGUAGCCGAGAGAGCUCAGGAAAUACUGUUGAAAAUUAGUCGAUUGGGACCCCGUGUGGUGGGUGAUGUUGAUAAUGAAGUCACCGUUGUGAAUUUGCUGCUCGCUGAAAUCGAAAAAGUGCGCCAGGUUCUGCGAGACGAUGUCUAUGAAAUGGAGGUGGAGGUGCAACGGGCAUCCGGGUCCUACCUGAUCAAAGGCCUAACGAAUCACUAUCAGGGUGUGCAGAAUGUGAUCGUAAGACUGAGUACCAAGAGCUCCAAUAGCACCUCCUACCUUUUGGUCAAUAGUCACUACGAUACCAAGCCGGGUUCACCUGGCGCCGGAGAUGACGCUGCCAUGGUUGUGGUCAUGCUGGAGGUACUGCGUCUGGUCGCCGUUUCAGGGAAUCCCUUCCUGCAUCCGAUUAUAUUCCUUUUCAAUGGUGCCGAAGAGCAGCCAAUGCAGGGAUCACAUGGGUUCAUCACGCAGCACAGAUGGGCUGCUAACUGCAAGGCUCUGCUGAACUUGGAUUCCGCUGGUGCUGGUGGGCGUGAUCUGCUCUUCCAGGGCGGUCCCAAUCAUCCCUGGCUGAUGGAGCAUUACAGAAACAGUGCCCCGCACCCGUUCGCCACCACAACGGCCGAGGAGAUGUUCGAGGCUGGUAUCAUACCAUCGGAUACCGAUUUCCGGAUCUUUCGGGACUUUGGAGUUGUGCCAGGCUUGGACAUGGCCGGUGUGUACAAUGGAUUCGUCUAUCACACGAAAUUCGAUCGAUACGCGGUGAUAAGUCUCGAUUCCCUGCAGAAUUCCGGCGACAAUUUACUGGCCCUGGUAUGGAGUAUUUCGAGUGCCGAGGAAAUGUACGACACAGAGGCACACGCGGCUGGACAUGCAGUAUUCUUCGACUUUAUUGGACUGUUCUUUGUCCAUUACCAGGAGUCGACUAGUUUUGCCCUGAAUCUCUCCUUCUCGUUCGGUGCCAUUUUGCUGGUCUGCCUCUCGUUAUGGCGAAUGUCCCGGGUUACUGGCCAGAGUAUGGGCACCUAUGCCGGCGUCUUUGGACUUCUAUUCCUGCUAGCCCUUGCUGGUGUGUUCCUUGCCAUGGCCUUCCCCCUGCUGAUGGCCACCUUCUAUGAUUGGGGAAAUAGAACGUUGACCUAUUUUAGCAACAGCUGGCUGGUCAUUGGCCUCUACAUUUGUCCAUCGGUUAUUGGUCUUGUGCUGCCAAUGACCCUCUACUUGACGCAUAAGAAGUGUAAGAAGAUCCCCCAUACUUACUACUUGCAUAUUGUGGGUCACGCGAACUGUGUCCUUUUGGCCAUCUUGUGUUUGGGUGCAACGGCGCUUAAAUACCGUAGUGCCUAUCUAUUCCUGAUCUCUCUUACUUUCUACGUUGCUGCACUAAUCAUUAACCUAUUGACACGUCUCCAUUGUCGCGGCUAUCUGUGGUCCCUGGUGCUGAUAGUUUUCCAGAUUAUACCCUUCAUUUACCACGCCUACUUGUUCCACAUGUUCAUACUUAUUCUCAUUCCGAUGACUGGUCGCUUUGGGGUCUCCACCAAUCCGGAUAUACUAAUCGGCGCCCUUUGUGGUUUUGGCACAGUUCUGGCGUUAUCCUUUGCUGCUCCCCUAAUCAAUGUAUUUCGGAGACCGAACUGCAUGCUGGGUGGUCUGGCACUGGUCAUGUUCAUUUUCUGCAUGAUUACCGUCUCGGAUGUUGGAUUCCCGUACCGGCCCAAAACGAAUGUCAUGCGUGCCGACUUCAUGCAAGUGCAUCGCAAAUUUUUCGAGUACAAUGGCUCUGUUAGCCUCGAGGAUUCUGGCUACUACUUCCAUCUGGGGGAUCGAAACAAAGAGGCACCUCUCCGCGAUCACAUGAACCUGACCAACCUGGUACGCCUGGGCGAGGAUUGCGACUCCGAGCUGAUGUGCGGUAUUCCCUGCUACCGAUAUUGUAGUGCCCGGAAGCAUGCACUUUGGCUUGCUCGAGAGGAGCCCGUAGAACUGCCGUAUCCAACGGUCUUGGAGUUCCUUAGCAAGACAGUUCUGUCCGGUGGCUAUCAGGUGCGCUAUGAGUUUCGGCUGACUGGUCCGCCGAAUAUGGGUCUAUUCUUCAAGCCACUGGAUGGUGUAAAACUACUCCGAUGGACGUUUGCCCCCGCAAUGCUGGAUAAUCCGGCCACUUACAGGCCUCCUCUGGAGGUCAUGUUAACCUACGGCAUUGAUAACACUCCCAUCGAAUUCUUCGUGGAGCUUUCUAAGGACGAUGGCAACUUCGAUGAACCGGUCUUCGAGAUGGGCGUCUCUGGGCACUAUGUCAGUCCACAUGACAAGCGGGAUGCGCUGAGCCAGGCGUUCCUGGCCACACUUCCGGACUUUGCCUUCUCGAUGGAGUGGCCCAGUAGCUACGAACGGCAUAUAUUCUAGGAUAGUAAUAAGAAUAAGCUAAUAAGAAU